AAAAUGUGAAAAAGGGUGUCUUGAAUACGAGUUUAUUUUGUCUAAGGAGGCUGGCUCAUCAGACAGACAGCCAGCCGUUUACAGUUCUUGUUCGAAAAGCGUAAACAUCUUAACUACAAAAUUAUCCAUUUCCAUCUCCCACCAUUUCUGAUUGGAUACAGGAACGAUCCUUGUUUGUUGAAUUAAUCAUCUCCCUUGAGAUUUUGAUCAUCCCUUCCUUAUACGUCUUGGCACCAGAACAUGGUGAUUUGAUCUAAUCUGUGUUCAAUCGGAUUUCGGGAGGGUUCAGAUUAAGAAUUGAUAUCUGGGAAAUCUUUUUCAUUCAUGGGUUGUUUUCCUUGUUUCGACUCGAAGGAGGAGGUAAUGCUCAAUACACAUAGUAAACUGAGGAAUGAUCGGGAGGAUAUCCAUUCGACGGUUCCUUCCAACGUUUCAAGAUUAUCCUCAGGAGCAGAUAGAAUGAAGGCAAGAAACAGUACGGAACCAAAGAGGGAAUCAUCGGUUUCGAACAUAGGUCUGGAGGGAGUGAAUAUUGCUGCGCAUAUAUUCACCUUGCGCGAGCUUUCGGCUGCAACAAAGCAUUUCAGGCCAGAGUGUUUCAUAGGUGAAGGUGGAUUUGGAAGUGUGUAUAAAGGGUUGCUUGAAAGCACAGGGCAGGUUAUUGCUGUUAAACAAUUGGAUAGAAAUGGGCUUCAGGGUAACAGAGAAUUUCUUGUGGAAGUUCUAAUGCUCAGUCUUCUUCAUCAUCCUAAUCUUGUAAGUUUGAUUGGGUAUUGUGCUGAUGGAGAUCAACGGCUCUUAGUUUAUGAAUACAUGGCAUUAGGAUCUUUGGAAGAUCACCUUCUUGAUCUUGGUCCUGAAGAUGAAGCCUUGGAUUGGAAUACUAGAAUGAAGAUAGCUGUAGGUGCAGCCAGAGGUUUGGAAUAUCUCCAUGAUAAGGCAAACCCACCAGUCAUUUAUAGAGACUUUAAGUCGUCUAACAUAUUAUUAGCAGAAGGUUUCCAUCCAAAACUUUCAGACUUCGGGCUCGCAAAGCUUGGACCCACGGGUGACAAAUCACAUGUCUCCACCAGGGUCAUGGGUACCUACGGCUAUUGUGCACCUGAGUAUGCCAUGACCGGACAGCUGACUGUCAAGUCUGACGUUUACAGUUUUGGGGUAGUUUUCUUGGAGCUCAUUACGGGAAGAAAGGCCAUUGACAGCUCCAGACCUAAUGGAGAACAGAAUCUUGUGGCAUGGGCCCGUCCCUUAUUCAACGACCGUCGUAAUAUUGCGAAACUAUCAGAUCCUCGGCUGGAAGGGCGUUUUCCGACGAGGGGUCUUUACCAAGCAUUAGCAGUGGCUUCUAUGUGCAUACAGGAGCAGGCAGCUGCCCGUCCUCUGAUAGGGGAUGUGGUAACCGCCCUCUCGUAUUUGUCUAACCAAGUUUAUGACCCGAUCAAUAGACUUAAAGAGGAAAGAGGGGGUAGAAUAUCGAAGAAUGACGAUAAUGAGGUGUCAACGGGAAGAAAGUGGGAUAGUACUGAAGGGGGGUCGGAGAGAGAUGAUUCUCCUCGUGAUACUGAAAAGACGCUUAACAGAGAAAGAGCUGUUGCCGAAGCCAAGAUGUGGGGAGAGAAUUGGCGUGAUAAAACACGCCAAACUGGUGGUCAGGGAAGUGUGGAUAUCAAUAAUGGCUAACUUGUUUUUGUGUUUACUAAUUAAUUGUUUGUUUGUGGGGAGAGACAGAUCAUACAUACUUUAGGUUCUGUCUCUCUCAAUACUUCUCUUUUCCAUUUGAUCAAACAAUACACAACAAGAAGAACACAGAUGUUCAAUUCAUGACUGUAUAAAUUAAAAGGCUGCUCUGCAUGCAAAUUUUGA